AAGCCCUCUGGUCCUUGUUAAACACCAACGCACACCAUCCUCCCUCGGCAUUUCUCGCGGUUUCCACUCAUCGCCCGAAGCACCCUCAGAAACUCAACAAAACCACACGCACCUCGGAGAAACAUGUCCUCCCCCAGCGGCAUCCCCGUCCUCGUCAUGGGCCUCAAGAGCGGCGGCUCCUUCAGCGAGGAGGACAUCAAGAAGGCGACGGCCGCGCAGGCCCGCCUCGCCGUCGAGGCCGGCUUCGCGCCCGUCCCGUGCAUCCUCGACCCGGCCGCGGACGACGCCGCCAACGUCGCCACCGUCCGCGAGCAGAUCAAGAAGACGCCCUUCAAGAUCGUCGCCAUCGGCGGCGGCGUCCGCGGCGACCUGGCCCGGACCCCGCUGUUCGAGCAGCUGGUCAACAUCUGCAUCGAGGAGAUCAAGCCCACGCCCCGGCUCGUGUUCCCGUCCAGCCCGGAUGACGCGGUCGCUGCUCUGAAGCGGGGCUUUGCUUGAGGCUGUGUGAUGAGCUGGGGGUGUUGACUAUGUUGUUGGGAAAUGUGCUCGGGUGCGUGGAAGGGAGGGAGAAUAGAGAGAUGGGCUGCUGGAGUUUUUUCUUAGGACAUUAUACGAGGGCGAGUUCAUGUUAUGUUUUCAUGCAAUGCUGCUUUUAGGAGGUGAAGGUGUCUUUUUGUUUUUUUUACUGCUUCUGCCAUAGUGACAGUUCCGGAGCACCCUCAGCUCGCUACGCCCCACGGCGUUAAGGGGCAACCAGCCUGCCUCGUAACCUUCCUCUUCACGAAUGUGCUAGGGAUAUUUGGCGCAUGACGGGUGGUAUUAUAAGAUUUUAAACGGCUUCCAUCAAACUGCUUCCAUUAAACUGCC